CAGCUGCUGGACCCUCUCAAAUUAUUGUGCCAGCAAAUGUCAACAAUGGAAGCAAUAUUCAAGCUGCGGAACUGCAUCAAAAUUUUCCUUCUUUUUUAUUGCCUUCGACAGCUACUGGAUCCUAUAAUCUUACUGUGUCAGACAUGUCUGAUAAUUAUAGAAGCAAUAUUCAAGCUUCCAGCAGUAUGUCUGAUUAUCAAAAAAAUCAAGGUUUUGGCGCUACUACCGAACCUUAUAAUAAUGAAAGUUCCCAAACUGGUAAAAGUUGUGAAGAAGCUCAAUUAAAAAAUAAAAAUAAAAAAAUUCCAUGUAAAUGGAAAGAUGAACCGACUGUUAUGUUGCUUAAAUAUUUGAAAAAAUAUAAGGUGCCUCCAUUAUGCUACGCAAAAAUAACUACAACAAUUAUUCUGAGGAACAGUGCGCAAAUAGGUGGAAAAAUAUUAAACAGAAUCAUGAGUUAA